ACCUUUCGUCAUUGCCCACGGCAGUUUGCUGGCCGGUAUAGAAUCUGGCGGCAUCCGUGAGGCCCUUUUCGCUUCUGGCUGGUGCGUACGUCGGUCGUGUGUCGAAUAACGGCUCCGGAAACUCUGGGACCUUCCAGUCACCGAGGCGACACCCCUCCUGGGGGUUCGACGGUUUUCCUACGACGGUCAACUUGCCGGCGAUACGGCGUCGGGGCGUUGACAUUCAUUCGUGACUGUUGUGGGGAAGGGUCUGCUGGAUAUUGGCCUCAGGUUCUGGUGAACCUCCCCUGGCUGGACUGGAUUGGGCUAUUGCCCUAGGCCUUGUUUUUCAAUAAGGCCAUAUUUUCUGAGGAGCUUCAAAGGAGCAACAUUUCUUUUUCAUUCCCUGAUACUUCUAAAAACAUACAAUGUUCGCUACUAGGAGCCUCGCCGUCAUCUUCUACGUCUCAAAUGCUGAAGGAGGCGAAACUGGAGGUGCCCAGCCUGGUGCUGGGCCCUCCGAGCCCCAGCUGGAUCGACCUGAUCGUCGGGUCUCCACCGGGUCUCCUGAAAGAGCCCCGCGUCCUGGAGGAUCCAACACCGCCGCUGGAGGCAGUAGUCCAGACCCGAGUGCAGUCCCGCCGCCAGCAGCCAGCCUCCGCCAGCGAGAUUUCCUCGGCGAGCGGGACGAUUUCCUCGGCGAGCGGGACGAUUUCCUCGGCGAGCAGGACGAUUUCCUCGGCGAGCAGGACGAUUUCCUCGACGAGCUGUGUGGCGGAGCGAGCGACGAAUGCGAGCUGCGAGUCCCGCAAGCGCACGACGACCUCCAGUGGCGAGUUUUCGAAGACGACGACGACGAACAGUGUGAAGAGGCGUUGCGUGGAGGUUUCUGGAGACGAGACGCCGGCUACCGCUCACCUGGACGACUGGAGCGCCGCGGUCGCUGUGGACACGCUGAACCAGACGUUUCUGGCGCCCUCCAGCGGCAUGGAGGGCUACGACGCCGAGCUGAUGAGUGAGCUGUGGGGAGACCUCCUGCUGGACGCCUCGCCCGAGUGGAAUGGCAGCUCACUGGAUGCUGCCGUGCUGCCGUGUGAUCAACUGCCGACGCCCACCCCGCUGUCCGACAGCCACCUCAUCGACGAGGUCUCCGAGGAACAGCUGCUGGAACUGGCUGAGAUCCUGGAACCUGCCAUGCCCGAGGUGGCCGCCGCCGCCGCCGCCCAGACCGAAUCUCUGCCGCCCCCGCCCCCGCCGGCGCCCGCGACCACGACAACCGAGGCGCCAGCCGCAGCCACCAUCGACCUGGCUGCUCUUCUAGAGGAGACCGAGAUCGUGUUCAGCCCGGAGCUCGCCACACCAUCCGAGCCGGCUCCGGCGGCUCCUCCGGUGGCUCCUCCGGCGGCGGAGGAGUCGACCCACUAUCUCCUGGUGGUGACCCCUCCGGCGGACACCUCCGGCGGCCCCUCCUCCAGCUCCUCCGAGACGCCCGACGACCCCGAGUGGGAGCCCGACGACGCCUCCUCGCGUUGGUCGUCGAUAUCGACAGACGCUGAGCCGGCGGAGUCGCUCGGCGCGACGGCACCGACGCGGAAGCGCGCCGCGCGUCGCCCGCCGGCCGCCACUCCGGCGGAGAAGUACCGCCGGAUCCGCGAUACUAACAACGAGGCGUCGCGUCGCAGCCGCCAGCAGAGGAAGCAGAGGGAGCUGGACACCCAGUCGCGGGCAGAGCAGCUGGAGAGCGAGAACGCCAGGCUGAGGGAGCGCGCCGCCGUGCUGGAGGGCCUGCUGGAGCGGGUGAAGGCACUGGCGCCGCUGCUGACGGCCAAGCGGUGAGGUGGCGGACGAGGUAGUGGUAGGCGGCGGACAGUGGCGGGCUGCAGUGAAUACCGCGGCGAGGCUGCUGCGGUGAAUGCCGGCCGGCCAGGACGCUAUGCCGCGCGGCCGGAGGACAUACGGACAGCAAAUGCUACACAAACUGCCUGCGGGUAUUUUUAGUGAAUCGGCACUCGGUGCCUUAGUCAAUGGUGUGCUACAUGUGAUGUUGGGCAGUGAAUUGCCCCAACCUAUUUAUCUAGUGAGAAUUUGACGAUGCGACUGAAGUCGCCGGCCCGAAGCGGUUGUUCGGUGCCCAUGUGUUAUGUCUUGCACAAUGUUCUUCGUUUAUAAUACAAGAGAUUCGAACCAUUAAGGAAGAUUAGUUGUUCCAAUGGUUCGCAUUCCAUGUGCGAUUACUGUAAUGUCGCCCUGCGAAGUGUCCGCAGCUGUUUGUCAAGAGGAACAGAUGUAUGUCGCAUCGUACGCGGUUAGUUACCUUUGACGAGUGUGAAUUGUGAAGUACUUAUCGUUCCAUAUCAUUCGGUCAUAGCUGUUUGGUAUUGCUGAUUGUAAAAAUACUCUGACCACUUUGUUUGAAUCGUCACAUGUAUUGAGUUGCUAUCAUGCUCUGCGAAUAAUCACCCUGCAUCGUUUCGGUUAAAUACAAAUCGCAUUCAAAA